AUGUCAGCUCUCAGGUUUGGGUUUCUUAAUUUCACUAGCUAUCCUGUAGGCUUUAUUAACUUGUUCUCAGAACCGCAAGUAACAUUUUGCAUAGGCCACAUGCAUUUUUGUAUGCAAUACUGAAAUACAAGAAGGGGACAAAACCAUGCAGGUUGCAGUCCUAACCCCACUUUCCUGGGAGUCGGACUUACUUCUGAGUAGAUUUGGUUAGGACUGUACUAUGUGUAGAUAAUUUCUAACCUAAUUUAAUAUUUGACUUUUUGCUGCACUUUUAUUAUGCUGGAAGCUGCCCAGAGUGGGUGAGGUAUAAGUAAAAAAAUAUUAUUAUGAUUUAACAUUCAUUGAGGUUAUGAUUAAUAUCUCCUUGGCACACUGAAAUGUUGUUGUUGUUUAGUCGUUUAGUGGUGUCCGACUCUUUGUGACCCCAUGGACCAGAGCACGCCAGGCACUCCUGUCUUCCACUGCCUCCCGCAGUUUGGUCAAACUCAUGCUGGUAGUUUCGAGAACACUAUCCAACCAUCUCGUCCUCUGUCGUCCCCUUCUCCUUGUGCCCUCCAUCUUUCCCAACAUCAGGGUGUUUUCCAGGGAGUCUUCUCUUCUCAUGAGGUGGCCAAAAUAUUGGAGUCUCAGCUUCAGGGCUGAUUUCCUUCAGAAUGGAUAGGUUUGAUAUUCUUGCAGUCCAUGGGACUCUCAUAUCUACAAUUAUUGCAUGCAUUGUGUGGCCCCCUCUCCCUUUCCCCCUCUCUCAUUAAUAUGCUCAAGUGGGCUCUAGCACUUUGGGAGAUUUGCUUCAGCCCUCCCUAGUGUCAUUCUGAAGGCUAAACUAAAAAAAGUUGCUAGGAACCUUUGGGUGAAGCCAUGCGCUUUAAAUGUAUGGGGCAGAUGUGACCUUAGGCUGCAAUUGUGAGAGAAAGCCUUACUGAACUUAAUGGGUAUUAUUUCUAUUAUUUCUGCAAUUGUGCUACGGAAUUUUUCCCUGGCUCCCUGUUGUUAUGUAUUAUCUGCUAUCUCUUUUGUCUGUAUUGUCGCACACACCAAAAUUUUUGAGCAGCAAUACAUUCCAGGGAGUCUGGUGCUAGUUAGGUGGUACCAUUUAGCAUAGCCAAAGAAGUUGAUCUGUGCCAUAGAAACCAGCCUUUCCCCUCGCCUGGCUGGUAAGUAGAAGAACAACAGCCAGAGUUGUGUGAGGGAGCUGGAAGCUGGGAAACAGAGACAUGACUUGCUCUGUGCUGGACUUUGGGGCUUCCCUAGAAACCAUAGCAAGAUCUAUGGUUGCUAAUCCUGUGAGCGCCUCCAUCUUAUGCUCUAGUUAUAUAUGCAUAUGUGUCAAUAAAACCAUAUAUCCUAACAGCACCAACAGUCUCCAUUGGCCUUCACUCCAAGGAAGCAAAUCCUUGGGAAGCACAGACACCUCAGGAGUCUCUCACUGCUCAGAGAUUGGGGUGGUAUGUAACAGAAAGUUAAUGGCUAUUGAGCUGUAGGAUAUACUAUUUUCUUUAUGCAUAUAUACAACCUGAGCAUAGGAUGGCAUGGCUCACAGCAUCAACACUCCAACAGAUCUUGCCUCUCCAUUAAGUUCUUAGCCCCCACCAUUCUGCUGCAUAUCUUUGGAUUCAGCACAGCCUACGGAGUCUAGCUCAGACAAACCUCAAAUACCAAAACUAACAUCCCUGGCCUAUUUGUUUUCCUUCCUAGCAUAGCAUGGCAUCCAGCCAGGUAAGAAGGAUGUGGGAAUACCUACCUGCUCUUUGAAGCAUCUACGGUAGUCAUUAUGGCAACACAUCUAUUUCCUACCUAACUUUUUAAGGUGUCAAAGCCAUUCUGAUCCUGAUUGAUUGAUUAUUGUUGUCAUCGCUACUUAUUAUCUGCCCUACACCCUAAGGUCCCAGGGAUGGGGGUGGCUUACGACAUUUAAAAUGCAAUUAUUGCACAAGAUUAAAAACAGAUCGAAACAACUUAUUUAACCAAGGAACCAGUUUGACUGCUUCACCAGGUUUCCUCUUGCAGAAUAUAACCUCACAGACGAAAAAUCGCAGGCCUGCAAGAGAUCCACAUAUAUCAUCCAGACUCAUCUCCCAAACCAGUAGCAAUAUUCUUUCUUCAGAUUUUUGCUUAAUUGGUGUUAUAUUUUUUUCAUUUAAAGGGAUUUUUUACCAUGCUCUUCCGUCAAAAAGGCUCGCUGGGUGUCUUAGAAAGGAAAGUCUCUGUUCUCUGGCAUAGAAUCUGAGGGUGCCCCCAGAUUAUUUUGUGGGAAAGGAGUCAAGCACACUCUGGAACUUUAGAAUUCUACAGUCUAAAUCCAGCUGCUCGUUGUUGUUAUAUUUUUUAACAGACUUUUUGUGGUUUGGAAAAUGAUGUGGGAAUGCAUGAGCCAGAGGAGCAGGUUAAAGGAUAGAAUCACAGAAUUGUAGAGUCGGGAGGGAUGAUGAGGGUCCUCUAGUCCAACCCCUGCAAGCAGGAAUCUUUUGCCCAAUGUGGGGUUCAAAUCCACAACCCUGACAUUAAUAGUCUCAUGCUCUAGCAUCUGAGCUACCCAGAGGAGCAGGCCAAGAGAAAACCUCUAUACAUACCAAAAUAACAUUUACGGCUGCGCUCUCUUAUGUUUUAGGAAGUGGUUUGCAGGAGGAGUAUGCACAUCAACAGCUCGGCUGGAUGGAAAGGUGGCCGUGGUCACAGGGGCUAACACUGGCAUAGGGAAGGAAACUGCCAAGGACCUCGCACGAAGAGGCAAGUUGUCUGUCCAUUCAUCAUCCACCACAUGCCAGUCAACCCAAAUUGAGCGGGACAUCUAUGAAUUACAGAAGCCAUCCUGUUUUUUGGUCCAGUACUCUGCUGUGAGUCAGCUGGUUUGUGCCAGACCAAAAGACACUCUUUUUUGUUUUUGUUUUUGGUUUGUUUGUUUCAUGCUCUCCUGCAAAUUGGCUCUCUCACACCGGAGCGCUGGACCAAAAGACACUGGCUGCCACGAGAGCACCCCUAUUUUCAUCAGACGGAUGUUGCAGAGUAUGCCACCAUCAGGGUUUAAAUGAAUAAAGGCUGCCUUAACCAUUUUUAAGUGAACAAGCAAAUUUAUAAGUGCCUUAACUCUUUCCUUAAACAGAGGGUUUCUGGUUCAUAGGAUUUAUUUUCAUUUUUUAAAGGAAAUUCACUGAAUUACAUAAGCCCCCUGAAGGAGGCAUGUUGUUGUUUUUUUUAAAAAAAAAACACGCCACAAGGGCUCUGCAAUAGCAGCUGCACUUUAAUAUGUAAGCUGCCAUAUCUAUUUUAACUAUAUAUUUCCCCUUUGGCUCUAAAAGCAUACUUGGCAUACAAUGUAGUUCUUAGCCACACUUCUCUGUAUUCACUUUUUCUAUACAAUAAAUAAUUUUAGAAACCUCUAUCAUGCCACUUUCCUUAGGCUGCAACCUUACACACUUACACACUGGAAGUAAGUCCAAUUGAAGCAAAUGGUCAUUACUGCUGAGUAGACAUGUCUAGGAGUACACAGUUGUUGCUUUAAAAGGCCAAACAAUGUGAUCCACAUGCAAUUCUUUACCACAGGGAUGGGGAGCCAGUGGCCUUCCAGAUGUUGCUGGACUUCCACUAUUCCUCAGCAUGGCCAGUGGUCAGGGGUGAUGAGAGCUGUAGUCCAGCCCUCAUUGGUGGAAUGAACAUUUGACUGCAUCCCAUUGGAACUGCAGUCUCUAUAUAUUUAAUUAACCAUGGUUUAGCGUUAUAUCUGAAUACAGCCAUUACAUUUGGGGUAAGGGGGGUGUAUUUAUUACUAUGAAUGUAUGUAUUCUUUAAUUCUGUCCCCUAAAAUAACUUUAACCAAAGGUCAUUUACAUUUUUAGAAAUACAUUCAAGUGUAUUUUUCUUGUUCAUAGUAAUGGUCACUGUAUUUUUCGCCCUAUAGGACGCACCCGCCCAUAGGACGCACCUAGUUUUUUGGGGGGGAAAUAAAGGGGAAAAAAAUUAUCCACCCCCCAGCUGCGGCUUCAGCGCGCCCCACGCUCUGGGCAGCAGGCUGCUAUCCGCAGCCUAGGGAGCCCUGCAGGAACUCCCGCAGGGCUCUCUAGGCUGCGGAUAUCUGCCCGAAGCGCGGGGCGCUCUGCUUCAGCGUGCCCCGCGCUCCGGGCAGCAAGCUGCUAUCCGCGGACUCCCCAGGCUUGCUGAUAGCUUCCUGAAGCCUGGAGAGUGAGAGGGGUCGGUGCGCACCGACCCCCUCGCUCUCCAAGCUUCAGCGAAAGCCUGCAUUCGCCCCAUAGGACGCACACAGAUUUCCCCUUCAUUUUUGGAGGGGAAAAAGUGCGUCCUAUAAGGCGAAAAAUACGGUAGUUAGAGAAGGGCAACUACUUCAAAUGCUUGAGGUGAGCUUAAAAAAGCUGAGUAUUACUCCCCUCCCACAAUGAUUCACAAUUCAUUGCUGCCUAUAACAUCUGCUGGCAAAAGGGCUUUUACAUAUAUUUAUAUUCACAUAUUCAUAUUGUAGAAUUUUUAUAUUAUUUUAUAUUUUGUUGCAUUAAAAGAAAUUAGUCUAGAAAGACAGGACCAAGUUUAGAAACAGCUUGUUUGCCUUAUUCCUCUUUUCUAUUAAUUUCCCUUUUGAAGGUGGUCGUGUCAUCCUUGCCUGUAGAGAUAUAGCAAAAGCGGAAGCAGCAGCCCGUGAAAUUAUAGCCGAAACAGGGAAUCAGCAAGUUAUUGUGAAAAAACUGGACCUGUCUGAUAGCAAAUCUAUACGGGCAUUUGCAGAAGAUUUUCUAAAAGGUAUGACUGACUAAAAGUUGGCACCUGUGUAGUUACUGGUCCUAGAGAUAAUCUGUGUGGAGUCAAGAGUUUCAUAGGUUUUGUUUAAAAUAGAGAGGUAUUUGUCUGGCUUCCCUAUGUGUUCUUUAAACCAGGUAUCAGAAUUUUAGACCAGGGGGCACAUUUUGAAUUUUGAGAGAGUACUGACUGCUCCAGUCACAAAAUUGCUGUAAUGGGGGCCAUGGCUUAACACAACAUGGCUGCCAUGGCAUAACACAAAAGAAAAGAAAAGAGAGAACAGUCAUUGCUGAUUUUCCAUCCUUACCCCGCCCUUGGACAUCCUCAUGCUUAGCACAGGAAGCCAUCUAUGUCCUGCUGGUCCUGAUUGUAGUGACACAGCUGUUAAAGGCAAAAGAUUCCUGUUUUCUCCAUUUCUAAACAAAGCGAAGGCUGACAUCCUGUAGCCAUUUACCUGGUGUUAUAAGUGACAAAACUGCUCCUUUCCCCUUAUGGGGUACCCAAGAGCCCAUAUAGAGUCCUUUCGUAGGUUCUCUAUCAGUAGGAGAAAAUAACAGAGACCAGCCAGAGAAUAUUGAGAAGCAAAGCAGCUAGUAAGCCUGAUCUUUAUUGAGUGUUGCAACAGGGUGCUCCCCAACACGCAGGAGAGAGGAGGAGGACCCAGAACAAAGGUGUGUCCGCCCUUAUAUAGACAUUUUAGAUUGCCCGCCCUGGAGUCCAAGACCACCCCCAGAAACAUCAUACAUACAUCACAGAAGGGGUGUAGCCCAAGACCACCCCCCAGAUACAUCAUACCUACAUAACAGAAAAGGCGGUCUACAACAAAACUGAAUGAGUUGUUUAUCUCCUGGCAAUCUACCAGAUUGCAUUAUCUGAGUUUUGGCCACUCUUUUGUUAUUAUAACUACUUAAUUCCUGAAUCUAGGUCACAGGCUCACACCCUGUUCAUAUCUUGAAUGUGCCCUUAAGACAGGAUUUGUGAGGACAGGAUUUGUGAGGAAAGAGACAAGGGGAAGGUUUCUCACUUUGACCUUGCAGAGAAAUAUUUGAGGUCAAUUUGUUCAGGACCUUGUCUAUGGGGUUUCAGACAUGUGGUUUAUAUAUACAGUUAUCAAAAAUUAUUUAUUUCAUAUAAGACCUAAUUUUUUUUUUUUUAUAACACUGGGAAUAACUCCCACUGAACACAGAGACAUCUGAAGUAGAAAUGUAUCCCAUUAUACUGGAAAUUAACAAUGCUGUGAAUUCUUAAUAAGUACUUGGACAUUAGCUUCUGCACAGCAGGAGACAUGCCUGUUUUGCAAAUUUCACAUUUUGUAUUUGCCAUUUGAGGAGGGAAUUACCGGUAUUUAACGCCAACCUGCAUUUAUUGUGUAGUAUUUACAGAAGCGGGUGGCGCUGUGGGUAAAACCUCAGCGCCUAGGACUUGCCGAUCGUCAGGUCGGCGGUUCGAAUCCCCGCGGCGGGGUGCGCUCCCAUUGCUCGGUCCCAGUGCCUGCCAACCUAGCAGUUCGAAAGCACCCCCGGGUACAAGUAGAUGAAUAGGGACCGCUUACUAGCGGGAAGGUAAACGGCGUUCCGUGUGCUGCGCUGGCUCGCCAGAUGCAGCUUGUCACGCUGGCCACGUGACCCGGAAGUGUCUGCGGACAGCGCUGGCUCCCGGCCUAUAGAGUGAGAUGAGCGCACAACCCUAGAGUCUGUCAAGACUGGCCCGUAUGGGCAGGGGUACCUUUACCUUUACCUAUUUACAGAAAAUAACUUUUAGCAGGUACCUAAUCUUGAAUGAGUCCACUACAGAAAAGACGGGUCCUAGUUGCUAGGGAAAGAAGUUCAACCUAUGGAGAUUCCAAGAACUGCUAGAAAAUAAGACAGAAGCAGGAAAAGUACAGUAAAGGGGAGGGGUAAACAGAAACUUUUAAUGACCUCGGGGAUUUCUAUUGCCUGGUGUCCAAACAACUUACUUUACAGUCACCACAUUGACUUUACUAAUUGGCCUAAAAACACUGGCAGGUGGGAGCAGCUAAGCCCAUUCAUUUCACAGAAAUCACUUAGAAGGGAAUCUGCACAUUUUGCUUCAUAACUUUCAUUCUAAGAGGGCUAGAGACUUAAUUUUUUAAAUAGAAGCUUAGAGUCUAAGGAACCCGCCUGAGGUCACCAAAGAAGGCCUUGGGCCUGCUUGGCGAUCUCCACUUUAAACCUUCCAUGACAAUGUUCUUGCAUUUAAGAGGAGCUAACCUUUUGCUUGGAAGCUUUCCCUGGAACCUUUCUGGCACUUUGAAGCAGGAGAUGGAUCAUUCCACAGCUUCCAUUUGAAUUUUGAGAUGUCUUAUAUAAAACACCUGGCAAUGUUAACUGUCAGAGACAUGGUAGAUGGACCUUAGGUAUGACCCAGAAUAGCUAUUCUUAUAAUUGUCUCAUUGCACUCUUGGGCACUCUUACUUGUAGGUCUGAUUAAAAGGAUGAUAUGCUUUUGAGUAAACACGUUUAAGCAUGUAUGCUACAUUUUGCCUGAAAGGGUCAUAAUAUAUAUGUGUGUGUGUAGGAAUGACUGUUCAGCUCCUUAGAUAUAAUAAACCCUGCUAAUGAUAGUAGUGUUCUAUCCAAAACAUGUGUCACUCAGAAUGGACACAGGGUAUAUUAUGUAUUUAGUUAACAAUAAAGAUUUAGAGAUAAUUUUUAAAUAAAUAAUAGUCCGUGAAAGUGGACUACUACAAUUGCCAAAACCCAUUCAAAAUGGGUAUGCAUGCACUCAGAUACUUGAGCAAUAAGGAUACAUAUAAUAUUCACUGGAAAUUACUCUAAGGUAAUAGCCCAUUCAUAUAAUCCAUUUCUUUCCCACUAGUGCUUCCAUUUAUUUAUUUAUCCUGUCACGUGGUCCAACAGAUGGUGGUAUCUCACUAUUUACCUAAACUAGUAGGAGAUCUUGGCAAGAACCAACCACCCUCUGUUUGAUGGAAGUUUAAAUUCCCUCCACCUGUCGGUCCCGUUGGUUAAACUGUAAAGUUUUUCUGUAGACUGAGUAACACAGUCUAAUAUUUCCUCACUUAGUAUUUGCUAAUUAUUUUAAUCAAUUUACUAUACUGUACUUCCUUGUUCCCAACAUAUAUAUUCACAGUAACCUUAAAUCAUAGAAUUGUAGAGUUCAAAGGGAUCAUGGGGGUCAUCUAGUCCAACCGCUGGAAAGCAGGAAUGUCAAAUAAAGCAUCCAUGACAGAUAGGUGGCCAUGUAACCAAAUGCUAGUUAUGAUGACAGUUUAAUAAGAGCCUUGCUCCUUAAAACAUCUCAAUCUUCUUAUCUUUGGUAUUUUCUGCUUAAUACCCAAUCUCGGCCAUUAUUUCCUGUAGAGGAGAAGAAGCUCCAUAUCCUCAUUAACAAUGCAGGAGUGAUGAUGGUUCCCUAUUCCAAGACUGCUGAUGGUUUUGAAAUGCAUAUUGGAGUCAAUCACCUUGGUAAGAUCAUGAGACAUCGAUGUGAUAAAUGGAUGUAUUACCUGGCUUCUCUUUGCCUUUGCUUAUCUUCCCUGCUCUUUUCCCCAGAUUUCACAGAUUAUUCCUGUAUUUGUAAACCUGAGUUUAUACAGGAAAAGCAUAGAGACAGGCGUUGUUGAGGGUAACACCAUGAGGAUUACACAAAUUAAAUUUGAACGCAAAAAGUUAUAGACACACUGUAAACUCCAGUAUGGACAGGCCCCAAGUCACAGUCCCCUGGAGAUUUAAUUAAAUUAUUUAUACUGUGCCCAUCUUGGUUGAAUUUCAUGUAUUCAUUUGAACUAACUAGCCAAUUUUUUGGUUAUCUAUUUCUAGUUGAUUUAUAGUACAGUAAAAUUAAUGUCAUUUUGUUUGAUUUUUUAAAAAAAACAUAAAGUGUUUACAUUAUUGUGAGUACCAUUUUUGUUCUAAAGGUUAGUUUUACAUUAUACAUAUGUGUGCCCAUAAGCUCUAGAAAAAGGUAAAGGUAAAGGACCCCUGACAGUUACUGUAAGUCCAGUCACAGACGACUCUGGGGUUGCGGCGCUCAUCUCGCUUUACGGGUUGAGGGAGCGGCGUUUGUCUGCUCCGCAGACAGUUUUCCCUGGUCAUGUGACCAGCAUGACUAAGCCGCUUCUGGCGAAACCAGAGCAGCGCACGGAAAUGCCGUUUACCUUCCCGCUGGAACGGUACCUAUUUAUCUACUUGCACUUUGACGUGCCUUUGAACUGCUAGGCUGGCAGGAGCUGGGACCAAGCAACGGGAGCUCACCCUGUCGCGGGGAUUUGAACUGCCGACCUUCUGAUCGGCAAGCCCAAGGCUCAGUGGUUUACACCACAGCGUCAGCCACGUCCCUAAGCUCUAGUAAAUAAUCGUAAAUCUCCUCUCCCUUUAGGGCAUUUUCUCUUAACAUUCCUGCUGCUGGACCGUUUGAAAGAGUCAGCCCCAGCUCGGAUAGUGAAUGUGUCUUCGCACCUCCAUGCUUUUUGGCACAUAAACUUCAAGAACCUGCAGGGAGAGAAAUACUACAAUGGGUUCCUGGCAUACUGUCAAAGCAAACUGGCUAAUGUUCUGUUUACCAGGGAGCUGGCUCGUAAAUUGCAAGGUGAGCUUUAAGAAUGAAAUGCUAAUGGCGCACAACCACUCAUAUGUACGUAUAUAAUAGGGUUGCCCAUAGCCAAAGCCUGGAUGUGAGAGGAAGGGGGAAGUCACAGAUUACUGAAAGGUUGCAGAGAGACACCCGAAUCUCGAAGCGGUGAGAGACUCUAGGGAUACCAGCACUUACCCAGUGUUCAGCUUUCUUGGAAUGAGGUCAGUGGAGACUGUGGUGUCUUUAAGAUAUAUGGUUUUAUUUACACAUACAUACAAUCUCAGCAUAUGAUGGAGGGGCUCAUAGCAUUAGCACAGCAUAGAUCUUGCUUCCUCAUUUAUUUGCUGGGAGCCCCAAAGUCCAGCACAGAGGUAGACAUGUCUCUCUCCCAGGCGCUGCAGCAUCUCCCCACUUCCCCUCUCACUCGCAAGCAGCUUUCCAGCUCUCAGCUCCUUUGUUGUCCUUUUGCUGCUUUGUCACCUAGAUGCAGCUAAUUUCAACAUAGCUCAUUCCUUUGAAGUGAAGCAGAGCACUACAGUGGCUGUCUGGUCUUUGAAUUCAAAGAGCUUGCCUGACUGGCUCCCAACCUCCCCCAAUCUCGUAACCAUAGCUGGGUUGAAAUUUAAUGGAAGCAUCAGAAUGAAAUGACUCUGCAUUUAAAAUUCCUUCUGGGAAAGCUAUUAAAAGUAUGAUUUGGAGCCGUGGGUAGAGAAAAGGUUAGGCAUCACCACAUCACUUCUAUGUUUCUCACUGCUCCCAAUGAGGAAUUUUAAAUAUUGCACAUUGAAAGGGGCCAUUGGGCUAACCUGACAUGCAUUUUGUAGGCGUUGGAUGUCUAAAUUGUCCUAAUAUUGUAUCUUACCCAUGCCAUUGCCAGUGGCUUCUAAUGUUAUCUAAAUUAAGGGUUUUCAGUGAUUUAUGAAUCCACUUUCCACAGUCUCAAAUGCUUCUUUAUCCCCAAGGAUGUUUCAGCCAAGCCAUCUCACUGCUGUCUUUCCUCUCAGUUCAAACUCAAACUGGUUCCGAAGUGCUUAUUUGCUCCCUAUGGCAAGCUCUGAUAAGUGUUGCUAGUUCCCAAACUGUGCUGGGCAUUGCACUUCAAGACUGCAGGGAGAGAGGGAGAUCCCCAAACAUCAAGACAGAUUAACAUUCUGUUCAUUCCCCCCCCCCAAAUAUGUAAACCAUUCAUUUAGUAUGCUAUAACAGAUUUCAAUUUAAGAGAUGUUAACUUUUUGCUGUUUUAUUUAUAUUUUUUUGUGUAUUUUUUAAAAAUGGCUUUGUUAAACCCUCAAUACUAAUUGAGUGCUGCACAAGGUUCUGUGCAUUGCAAUGAUAUUGUGUGUAUUACAGUGAAAAGGGUGGUCCAAUACUAGCUGCCUUACAGGGUACAUGGGAACAAUAUUAAUCCUUUCCUUUUAAACCUUUGGAUUCAUAUAUUUUGGUUGAUAUUUCUGCUUUAUGUUUUUCUAGGCACUGGAGUUACUGUCAAUGCUUUACAUCCUGGUGUGGUUGAUUCUGAAUUGUCGCGUUACUCAUAUUCGUCAGGAAUUUUUAAAGCGCUGUUUCGCUUCACGUUGAAGACACCAAAAGAAGGAGCCCAGACUAGUAUUUACUGUGCAGUGGCAAAGGAACUGGAGUCAGUGAGUGGGCAAUAUUUCAGGUGGGUCUGGGAUUGUGAUUUGCAGUUGGAAUACAGACAUCUGGAUUCAGCACAUCUGGAUAAAGUUUUCUGUGGUAAUGCUCAGAGGUGCCCACAUCAGACCCAGAAGGCAAUAUUAAAAUGGCACAUUGCACAUUAAAAGAAAGAGAUCAUAUGCAAUAGCUCUAACUUAAAAAUAGCAGUGUGGACAUGGGUUGUGAGAAGUCUUUGCCUCUGGUACAGCAGACACAGUGCAAUUGCUCCUGUCAUAAACGUAGGGGUUGCUCGUGCGCAAGUUGGUGCCACUCCUGGCUAGGUUGCCUUGUUAAACCUUUUCUGUCUGGACAGCCCUACACUUCGUGGCUGUUCAGUUGCCAUCAGAAUCUGUCAAUGGGCGUUUCUUAAAUCUUUUCCAGCAUAAAAGUUGUUUGACUCCAAGUCUCCUAAUCUCCCUGCGCGGAAGUCUUCUGCGCAGGGAGGACGUGGGUAGCGGAGGACCCGUGCUCUCCUCGCAGAUCUCCCGCGAGGAGUCCUGGAGCCCCCUCGCCGAUUCCCCCAUCUGCCCCCCUUUAUCCCUGGUGUUACGCUGAUUUCCUUCCCCAGCUGGUGAGCCGCCUCUCCCCCUGCUGGGCCCGUCUCCAGCAUCGCUUGAGAGCCUAGCCUCCGCCUCUGGCUCCGAUGUCAGUUCCCUGACAGCUCCUUUGAACUAUUAAAGGUAAAGGUAAAGGACCCCUGACAGUUAAGUCCAGUCAUGAACGACUCUGGGGUUUUGACGCUCAUCUCGCUUUACUGGCUGAGGGAGCCGACGUUUGUCCGCAGACAGUUUUUCUGAAUCAUGUGGCCAGCAUGACUAAGCCGCUGCUGGCGAAACCAGAGCAGCGCAUGGAAACGCCAUUUACCUUCCCUGACAGAGCGGUACCUAUUUAUCUACUUGCACUUUGACGUGCUUUCGAACUGCUAGGUUGGCAGGAGCUGGGACCGAGCAACGCGGGGAUUUGUCCUAGGCCCUAGGCCCAGUGGUUUAGACCACAGCGCCACCCACAUCCCAUCUUCGAACUAUACAGAAGCUAUACAGAAAUAACAAAGCUAUUAUCAGGAACAUCCAGACAGAACAAAAGCCCUUUUCAUACAUAGUCAAUUGGGGGGGGGUCAUAUACAGUGGUGCCCCGCAAGACGAAUGCCUCGCAAGACGGAAAACUCGCUAGACGAAAGAGUUUUCCGUUUUGGAGGUGCUUCGCAAAACGAAGCUCCUAUGGGCUUGCUUCGCAAGACAAAAAUGUCUUGCGAGUUCCUGCGGUUUUUCCCCCCUUUCCCCCCCCUUUUUCUAAGCCGUUAAGCCGCUUAUCUGCUUAUCCGAUAAGCUGAUAAGCCGCUAAAAGCCGCUAAUCCGCUAAUCCGUCAAUGGGCUUGCUUCGCAAGACGAAAAAACCGCUAGACGAAGAGACUCACAGAACGGAUUCUUUUCGUCUUGCGAGGCACCACUGUACCAAAAUUUGCCCCUUACUUUUUCAACGGUGGGCAGGACAGCUUCUUUAUCUUGUGAACUGCCCUGAGUUUUUCGGAUGAAGGGCAGUAUAUAAAUUUAAUAAACAACACCAGCAAUAAUAAUUCAUUAUUAUUUUUUGUAACUUGAGAAAUGACAAGCAGCUUUGCUGUCAGUGGGCUGGCCACUAAUUCCUUCACCCUCAAAUGAUUCGGAUGCAGCUUCAUUUUGGAGUGGGGUGGUGGUGGGGGCAAGCUGCAACAAAGCCAUAGUGUCUCCUUAUCGGCAACCGCCAUGUUUUGUGGCAACUGUCUCAGCCACCAAUGACUGAAAAAAUUAGGCAAAGUGCAGUGGACAGUGCCCCAUACAAAAACAAUGAAAACAUCCCCUUUGUUCAGGAGUUUGAAUUUGCUCUGAUAUGAUCACUCAGUUAAUAGGUUUGGAUAUUCCUCGUCUUACUUGUCAACCCUAUUGAAUUGUCUGAGACUUACUUCUCACUAAACAUGUAUAGGAUUGUGCUGCUGGGGUAACCUUAGCCCACUGUUGUCCAUAAACCCAAUUUGCUGUCAUAUUGAUUUGGGAAAUACGCUCAAUGUUUAAUCAGAAUUCUGAUUCUUUGAUGGUUUUGAAUGGCUUAACAAAUGAUUAACAAAGUACCUAAUGAAUAUUUAUUUUUUUCUUUCUACAGUGACUGUAGACCAGCCUGGGUUGCUCCUCAGGCUUGUAACAAAGAGACCGCAAAAAAGCUCUGGCAAGUCAGCUGUGAGCUGAUGGGCAUCCAGUGGGAGUGA